AUGGACCAAUUCCUCUUACUAGGCGACAGCAUCACCCAGCAGUCCUUCUGCCAGGAUCGCGGCUUCGGUCUCGGUGCAGCUCUCAGCGAUGCUUACGUUCGGAGACUGGACGUGGUCAACAGAGGUCUCAGCGGGUACAACACGAGGAUGGCCCUUCAGGUGCUGCCACAAGUUAUACCACCACCGGAGCAGGCGAAGCUACGCUUUGUUACCUUCCUCUUCGGCUCGAACGACGCUCGCUUACCAAACACGCCUCCUGAUGUACCGCAGCAACAUGUGCCACUCGAGGAAUACAAGAAGAACAUGAGAGCCCUCGUGACGCACCCGAAGAUCCUGGCUCAUCAAGGAGUCCGCCGCAUCUUGAUCACGCCACCGCCUAUCGAUGAGCGAAGAUGCGGAGAAAAUGACUUUGUGCAUGAUAUCCCUGUUCGCAAGGCAAAGGACACGGCAAAGUACGCCCAAGCAGUACGUGAACUGGGCAAGGAACUCGGCUUGCAAGUCCUUGACCUUUGGACCGCGAUGAUCCACAGAGCAGGUGGCAAAGAGAGCGAUUCCGAGCCCGUCGGUUCAAUCGAUGUGCCUCUACAUGAGGUACUGCGGAGCUUCGUGCGCGAUGGGUUGCACUUGAGUCCAGAAGGGUACAGAGUGCUCUUCGAUGAGCUGUUGGCGCUGAUUGAGCGUGUGUGGCCGGAUCAGAUGCCCGUCAAGCUACCUUUUGUCUUGCCACAGUGGCUUGACCAAAAGGCUUGGGAUUCGUACCCCUCGCUGUGA